AUGAAAGACGUGUGCAGGUUUGUGAGACUGUUGGAGUAUGCAGAAGAUGUUCUGAAUUGUGAGCAGAUAAUAGUAUGCUUCUGUAAAGAUCGACCUGAUCGUGCCCUACUGGUACGAACAUUUAUGUUCCUGGGAUUUGCUGCUCUACCUCCAGGACAUCCUCUGACUCCCAGCAAUGCAGACGCAUCCCAACUCUUCAUGUUGUACAACGUUCAGUAGCUUGUUCUCCUCUAUAGCUCUCUGCUGCACUAUCUCCCAAAAAUCAAAAAAAAAUAUAAUAAUAUGUAAAAGUAUAAAAAAAAAAUAGUAUGUUGGGUCUGCAAGAUAAGCUAUUAAGUGAUUUAAAAACAUGAAAAGAACAAAGAAGUCACAAGUUUUAAACUUCAAUAUUCUUUAUGUAGUUUUUAGGUGUUUGUUUCAGAUUUUUUUUUUUUUUUAAUUUUUUUCAUAUAAAGUGUAAACGAUUAAAGUGUGUGUCAAGAGAAACUGGUGGGAUGGUCAUUCCAUUAUUUUUUUAACUAUGGGAUUUGCUUGAUUGGUAGAAGGUUUUGGUAUAAUGGACAUGUAACCAGCAUGUUAUCCUGUUCUGUUUUUAAUUGAUUUGCCUUGAGAGAAACACAGUAAACUCUUAAUUAUAUUAUGAAACAGAAAAUGCUCACUUAUACUCCAAAUCAUGCCAAUUUCAUUUUAAGACUUUUCACUCUUGUAUUAUUCAUAACCAAAGAAGACGAAAAAUGAGUGAAUAAUUGUGCGUUUGAGUGCCUGCAUUUACAGUUUGCAGCUCUGAACUAUAGCUCUAACAUUACCUUUGUGGAAUGUACUCCACCCAAAAUUUAGUGCCUCAGCUCCACCUCUGCCUUACACCUGUGCUAAAUCUUGCAUAAAGAGUAGGAAGUAACGUAUUAAAGUUACUUGGUCACGAUUGUGUAAUUUACAAAUGAAUUUAAAAAUAAGAAUGAAAGGUGUGCAGUUUCUACCUUUCUGUGUAUGUUAAACAUGUUCUGAGUUGCAUUAAUCUGAAUAGUGUAAACAAAUAAUUGAGAGUCUACUGUUUUAUCUUGACUGAAAUUGUAUUUGUAUGCAAGUUCUUAUGUACUGUGUGAAAUGUGACUGCAGUUUGUAAUAGGAUAAGACAACUUUUGAGUGGUGAAAAUGAUGCAUUAUUACAAAGAAUAAAAACUUUGAAUCCAUCAAAUUACUAUUCAAAAAUUAUUAAAUAGUUGAUUACACAAGUUUUUUAGCAAUUGUUUUCUUGUGCUGAGGGGUCAAAUGCGUGGUGGUUACAUGACUCUUGAUAUACAUUCACCAUAUAUUAUAAAUACAAACAUAUUUAUUUCUGCAAUUAUAUGUAGUAUUCAAAACAUUUUAACACAGUGCACCCUACAAUAAAAAAAAAUUGAAAACUCCAUUGGUAUUUGUUUAUUUUCAGUAACUUUCCUUGUAGAUUCUUUUCCUGUUGAAUUACUUAAUGAAACAACAUCAUGGCAUUAUGAAUAUACUUGUAAUGUGCAAGCUGCUUGUGCACGAGGUUUCUGAAAACAUACUGCUAGAGUUCAAGCUGUUGUUUUCCUAGAAACUUGUGAAUUUUUUUCAAAAUUAUCUACGUAUUUGUUCUAUACAUUUGAAUGAAUUCUCAGGAUAAAAAUUAAAACCUUGUUUUUGACAGUUUCUGAAUAUUCUUGCUUGAGGUACAAAGUGCUGUGUUUUCAAUGUAAAUGUGGGGUAUUAUUACGGUUACUAAUUACAUAAGUUUUUGAGCUGGUUUUGGGAAGGGUUCAAACCAUAGUAAAAGUAACAAACUUGAUUUUUCUUUCACUGUCUCUGUGCAUUCAUUGUUGUAAUACUCAUGUGUAUGGUUUUAUAGUGUGUUUUGUAAGUUGGCAUUUGUGAUUAUUAUGUCUGAUAAGUUACCUUUUGGUUUGUGGUCAAGAGAUUGUUUUAUUUUUAGUGAAAUAUUCAGCCUUCACUAUAUCCUAUUAAUAUGCGUUUAUUAUUCUUAUGAAUAUAGGGAAAAUGAUAAAUCUGGAUGAUAUGAUCGGAAAGGUUAGGAACCAGCAAAACUGAAAGCAAGGUUGAGAGGUUUGCCUUAACACAUAAGUGCUGGAAAAAAUAAUUUUUCAUUGGUCAGGCAGCCUCAAGUGAAUUGGACAGUGAAAGCAUAAAAAUAAAAUAGUUUUGAAAAUUUGAAUUGUUUUAUCUCUAAUGUAAUAUAAUAAAUCUGAGUAAAAAACAAACCACUGAAGUAUGGAAAUUUAAAAUUCUCCUUAUUAUAUUAAUUUGAUUGGCAUAGUUCCUUUCCAGUGAUAUUACCGUUGUAACUUGUAGGUAAUGCUUCAACAAAGAAAAGCUUUUUUAGUUCCUAAGAAAGGCACAAGAGGAAUACUGAUAAGUAAUAUAGGUGGUGUUCUAGGAAAUAUAUUCAUUCGUGGUCAUUGGACGAUUGUAAACAUUCUGUGGGGAAGUGUUCUCAGACACUUCUAGAAAUGUUUUCUUGUAAGAAACUUUUUCAUUCCAGUUGCAUAAAAAAGUGUAAGUAUGUUUGUUUUGAAGUUUUCUGAAGUAGAAAGUUUUAAGCAGAUUUAUAGAAAUGAAAUCAACAUGUUUAAGAAACAAAUUGAUAUUCAUUGAAUGUGUUGAAGUGGAAAAAAGUAUAGUUUUAAAAGAUUUGGUUAUUUCCCAUUUAUAUUUUAGUUAUUCAUUGACUCCAUAUCAGAGUGCAGUUCUCUUUCUUCACACCACACAAUGCUUGGUACUUAAAGAUGGUACUUUACCAUAGUAGUUUGUGGAAACACAAAAAAUGCCGCUGCAGGCAAAUCUUGUAUGUAGAGACUUCAAAACCCCCCCAAAAAAUAAUCAUUAUUAAUAAAUUCUUUAAUUAAGAGCCAUCUAAUGCCUUCUUUUUUUAACAUACAAAGAAAGUUACAUAAUGUUGCCAAAAAAAAUCAUUGACUAUGUUAUGACAGAAUUGUGUUGAGUAAAGAGGUCGAAACACCCAAAAAAUGUUUUGUUUGUUUUCCAAAAUGAUAAACAGGUCUUCAGUUAAAUAUACACCAGACUGAUUUGUGUAAUGAAAAUCCUAUUAAUUAUAACAACAAAAAUUUAGAGUUGUUUUACCUAAAGCUUCAAAACAUUUGUAGAAAUAUAAAUAAUACUGGUAUAAUUAGUGCUGGGAAGUUUAUGCAGUUGCAUAUUUUUCGUUAAUAGUCAUAUUUGCCUGAAACUUUGAAAUGUGUUUUUCAUGGCAAAAUAUUGAAAAUAGGGUCAGAAAAGUUUCGCAAAUAUGGCAUAAUUUGCAUAUUGAGAGCUUCUUGGCAUAUAAAUGAAAAUUUUUGCAACUUUUUUUAAAAUUUUGAAAUGUCCGCGCAAAAAAUGUUAAUUAAUGAAAAGUGUGAACUUACUUGUUGCUUCAAAUACAUAAGUACUAAUGAUGAGUUUGACUACUGACAGCCAGUGCCGCUGAAGUAAUAUCUACUCUCAUCUGUUUAUAAAGAAGAUAAAGAAUUCAAGGAAAA